GUUUAGAAUUAUGCAUGAUCUUCCUUACACAUUCACCCCACAAACAAUUACUACCAUACGUACGCUAGAAAUAGAAUUCUUAGUAAUAUAAUCCAAAUUCUUUCAUGAAAAAAAAAAAAAAUCAGCAGAGACUUGGUCAACACCACCACCACAUGAGCCAGAGGCCGAUUGAAUGAAUACAAAGAAGAAUCCAUCCAUCCUAUGCGACAAACCCACAAUUUGGUGGGAACAGGAUUCUCCUUUUCUCGACAAACAUACAACCGAAUAAUCCUUCAUUCUUUCAUAUUAAAUGGAGCUUAAUUACUCAUUCAUUUCUCAAGCAGUGGAUUGUCAAAGUUGCAGAAGGCCAUGGCUUCUCUACUUUCCCACGACGUCAAAGCUGUCGCAAUGAUGGUGUUUGUUCAUCAGCUGCUGUCUUUCUCGCUGUUGGUAAUGGCCGAUCCCACGGAAGGGUUCGUCGCGCUCCCACUCGCGGCAUCAGAUAUGAAGGUCCAGUGGCCGUACGAUUUGAAGAAGGAGGAGCGUUACAGCUUCGAAAAUGGCGUUCACACGCUCAGGGUUUACUCGACGGACAAGCCGCUCAAAAUUGGCAGCCCCACCAGGCCGCGCACCGAAAUUCGCAUACUUGGACACGAUUACUCAUCGGGAGUGUGGCAGUUCGAAGGUCAGGCAUACGUGCCGAGCGGCACAUCCGGCGUCUGCAUAACGCAAGUCUUCGGAGCUAGCAAUCAGUCGACGACGCUGGCCGUUCGAGUUCACGGCGGUAACCUCACCGCCUACAGCACCGUCAUCGUUCCCGGCAUCUACGACAGAUGGUUUAGGCUGAACGUGAUUCACGACGUCGGAGCCGGAAAAGUUUUCGUUCACGUCGACGGAGCUCUUGUUUAUGAAGGAGCGGAUCAUGGAGGGAGCUCUCAUUACUUCAAGUGUGGAGUUUACGCUCAGAAGGAUAUGUCCAGCUACAUGGAGUCGCGGUGGAAAGAAAUCAAGAUAUUCAACAAAAAUUAGGUAUAUAAAAGAAGCGACGAUAGAUAUUUUUGUUUAUCAUGAAAUUACCGGAAUCCCUAUAUUUUGAUAUAGAGAUUGCAAGUACCACUUUUUCAGACGACAGUGUACUCUAAAAUUGCUAACAUACCGUUUGGUAUAAAUGAAUUCCAUAAAUUUUAAGGAAUUCAUUUUCAAAUGAAUUAUUUUUGUGUUUGGUAUUAAAAAGAAUUCAUUUUCAAUUCUAAAUUAUGAAUUCUAUGGAAUUGAAACUAGUUAUAGCAAUUCCGAGGAAUUGAGAUGGAAUUUCCAAAUGAAUUUCACAAGUAUUUACUAAUUAUAAUAGAAUGACAUGAUUAUCCUCUUUUAUUAGCUAAAUUACAUAAUACAUAUGACACACCAAACACAGGAAUUCAUUUGACAAUGAAUUCUACAUGACAAUUCACUUUAUUUCUAAAGAUUUGAAUAUGACAUACCAAACAUAAGAUUUCAUUUGACAAUGAAUUCUACACUGUAAUUCAUUUUACAAUGAAAUGAAUUCUCGAUUCAUUUUGUACCAAAUGGUCUGUAAAUAAUGAUAAAUUAAAAACAAAGAGAGUUCUAGGAAAAUGCUAUCUCAAAUUUUCAUCCAGUAAAAUACAUAUGUUACAUCCAUUCCAUCUUCCGUCUAUCUAAAACGACUACGUCGAUAACCAAUGAAAUUGUCUUUGUUUCAUUUUAUUCCAUCCAAGCGGAAACUCACAUCUCCAUUAUCAUGUCGCGCUGACAAUGGUCAUAGUUUGUUCACAUUUUUCUCCACGAGAUUGAAAUCUCAACUCUGAUUAUCAUUUUCCGUUUCAUACUUUGCCGUUACACAGAAAAUUUAGUAGUCGCGACGAUUUGUAGAAGUUGUCUUUGAGGAAGAAAAAAAAUGAUCUUCUUUUCAACUCCUACUUAAAAUUUUCAUGAUAAAAAGGAACUAGUCAAUAUUUUAGUUAAGAUGAAGGAUGGAGUCACUGGCUACAAUUUAUUUACCUUAUAUAUAAGGUUCAAAAGUUUAUGCACAUGUACCGUCAAAAAUAUUAUAGCCGUUGUCAUUCGCCACUCUUUACAAUAGUUUCUUUUCCCCAAAUCAAUCGCAAUUUCAGAAACUAUAUUUCUCGAACUACCACAAUUCCACAAACUUUUUACACGUCCUAAGCAGUGAUAUUAGGUCGAAUCUUUCAUUAAAAAAAAACAUUAACCCAUGAAAAUAUAGGAAGAAGUCAUUGAACAAAUUCUUACAUGCUGACCCAAUAUGAUAUGUAGCUGCUACAUAGUGUUGGAACUAUUAUGGCUAUUGUCAAAGUUUUGCUAUAAGAGACUUCCAAUUUACUUGGAAGAUACUUAGAAGAAGAAUAGGUAGAGAAGUCAAGAAAUCUCUAGCAAGAAUCAAUAAUGAGGUGCAUAUGAAGUCAAAUAAAUUUUUGUGUGCUUCAUUUUGAAAAGUCGUCCAACAUUCAUAUAAAAAAACUAUCCAAAUUAGUUUUUAGCUAAGGAGGAAUGUUCUUAUUAUUAAAACCCAUUCAUAAAAGUCCACAAGCUAGCUAAAGUGGAAUGCACUAACCAAGAAAUCAUCACCAAAAGAUUAUGAAUGUCAAAGUUUGUACAUUGUCUUCAACUAAAAACUUUAUCCGAGAGUCUGAAACCAUAUGAACAUUAAUAAUUUUUGUAGCGUGUG